GCUUCGCCACCAUAAAUACACAUGCACACGCACGUAUUAUAUACACAAAUCAUAGGUUCAUGAGUAAGAAGACGAAGCUUUAACAGAGAAAAAGAAAACUAAAAUAGCCUAAAGCCCUGAAAUUUUUCGACAAGUUUCUAAUUUUGGGAGGAUAUUUUUUUUCUUUGUUUUAAUCGAUAAUUUACAAAAAAAAAACGAAAGGCGAGCGAGAAUCAGAGGAAGUUCAGGGCGGUCGCGACGUUUCUUCGAGAUUCGUCUUCUUCUUCUUUAUCGUCUUCCUCGUGGGUUUCUUCUUUUUUUCCUCUCUCUUCUCUUUCUGAUUUUUACCGCCGGAGAUUUUGUUUGUUUCUGUAAUAUUUUCCCCGGCGGUCUAGAGAUAUGAAGGGGAGAAUAUCGAAGAUAGGAAGCUAUGCAAUCUCUUCCUCCAUUAGAGACAACCAGCACCAGCAACCUUGUAUUUCCUGUACUACUUUCAACAUCCUCGCUCCGAUCUACAAACGCCUCUCUCAAAAGGAUCAGAGUCUUCGAGAAAGCGAUAAUCGAGCGUAUUGGCUUGGAAGGAACCAUAGAAUUCUCGAUUGGUUGUUGUACGAGAGGUCUUCGAUCAUUUGUUUGCAGGAGUUUUGGGUAGGCAACGAAGAGCUUGUUAAUUUGUACGAGAAGAGGCUUGGAGACGCUGGUUAUCUCAGUUACAAGCUUGGCCGUACCAACAAUCGUGGUGAUGGUCUGCUUACGGCUGUUCAUAAGGACUAUUUUAGAGUUGUGAACUCGAGGGAUUUACUUUUCAAUGAUUGUGGUGACCGAGUUGCGCAGUUGCUACACGUAGAACUAGUUCCUCCUUACUCUCAGUACGAUGCUCAUCAACAAGUUUUGAUUGUCAACACUCAUUUGCUCUUUCCUCAUGAUUCUACACUGUCCAUAGUUAGAUUGCAGCAGGUAUACAAGAUUCUUCAGUAUGUAGAAUCUUACCAGAAAGAAGUCAAUCUCAGUCCAAUGCCUAUUAUACUUUGCGGAGAUUGGAAUGGAAGUAAGCGAGGACAUGUCUACAAGUUUCUCAGGUCACAGGGUUUUGUGUCGUCUUACGAUACUGCUCAUCGGUACACAGAUUCAGAUGCUCACAAGUGGGUAAGCCAUCGGAAUCAUCGGGGUAACAUAUGUGCUGUCGAUUUCAUAUGGCUUCUAAAUCCAAAUCGGUAUAGAAAGCUUCUAAAAACAAGUUGGAGUGAGGCAGUGUUUGGCAUGUUCAGGUAUCUACUGAGAAGAGCCUCUCUAACAGCUGAAGAUGCUUUUGCCUUUCUGAAAACCGACAAUGAUGGUGACCACAUUACGUUCAUGGGCUUCUGUGAGACUCUUCGACAGCUCAAUCUAACGGGUCAUUGCAAUGGACUCACCACAAAAGAGAUUAAAGAUCUGUGGAUUCAAGCUGAUAUUGAUGGAAACGGUCUUCUAGAUUAUAAGGAGUUUCAGCAAAGAAUUUGGAACCAAACAUGGUCAGAACAGAGAGAUGCAGAGGACGGAGAAGCAAAAGGUAACCAGGAACAAACCGUUGGAUUUAGCGUCAAGAACGCAGUCUUGUUUCCUCCUGAAGUGGAAAAAGGAAUGUGGCCAGAAAAUUACUCUCUCUCAGAUCACGCGAGGCUAACCGUUGUAUUCUCUCCCAUAAGAAUGCCUUGCUCUCAAUUGGUUUCAUGACAAAAACACUCAACAACAAACCUAAUAGCUUCUUCCAUUUAAGAGACCUCUGAGUUUUUGUGUCCCCUUUACAGAGCAGAAUCAAGACUUUGCUCUGUCACUAAUUGGUCAGGGCCGCGCAGACCGCUCUCACCCUGCAGUUUCUCCGUUGGGGGAAGAAAGAAGAGAGAAUGGACACAAAGGUCAUAUACAUUAUACUGUGUACAAACAUGUAAACCAAAUUUGGAAGCUUCAUGUAAAAUAAAAUGUUGUAGUAGAGAUUUAAUUUAAGAAGCAGCUUUGCAAAUCUUUUAUCU